CGACCCCACACACUCACGCACACGAACACGCAUCCUCACACAAACCCUAAUUUCCAAUGCCCUAGCUUAGCCCUACUGCACAUGCAUUAUUUCUCUCUCAUUUCUCAAACAGAGAGACAAAGUGAGAGAAAAACUAGGAAAAUCAUAGUUCCCCAAGACCCCCUUUGCCACUCCCACUCAUCUCCACAACCUAAGCAACCAUCACGACAAAAGAGAGAGCAGCUUUCUUGGUUUUCUUGUUCAUCACCAUCACCAUAAUCAUCUCUUCUCUCUUUGUAUGCUCUCUUUCUCACCUCUUUUACCUCUCUCUUUCUGUUACUUUCAGCUGUCAAGUCAAGUCUCUCUUCAUCUAUCUUCUCUUCCCAGCUUCAGCUCCAGAUAAUUCUUGGGCCCUUCAACUGAUCCAUCAACGCCCUUCUUAAAUCUCUUCAUACCCACCCAAACCCAAUUCAAUUUAGAUCUCUCUGAGUCAAUCACACAAUCACCUUCUGUCCCCAUCUCGAUUUCUCCACCCAAUUUUCUCUCAAUCCAAACAUGUCGAGCAGGUGGUGGGCCGGCCAGGUAGGUCUUCCAGGAAUCGAACCAUCAUCAUCGGCAGCUCUCAACAAACUACCAGAUCUGGGCAUAUCCACCACCGCCGCCAGCUACGGCGGAGAAGAAGAGGAAGAAGAAAGAGACAACAACAGCGACGACCCAAGAGAAGGCGCAAUCGAUGUCUCCAACCGCCGCCCCAGAGGCCGACCGGCCGGUUCAAAAAACAAGCCCAAGCCCCCGAUCUUUGUGACCCGGGACAGCCCCAACGCUCUCCGAAGCCACGUCAUGGAGGUAUCGAACGGCUCAGAUGUAGUUGAAAGCAUAGCACAGUUCGCUCGAAGAAGACAGAGAGGCGUGUGUGUGCUCAGUGCGAGCGGUACAGUAACGAACGUGAAUCUCAGACAACCUUCGAGCUCAGUGAUGGCGCUUCAAGGCCGGUUCGAGAUUCUCUCUUUAACCGGUUCAUUCUUACCAGGUCCAGCCCCGCCCGGCUCGACCGGGCUCAGUAUAUAUUUAGCUGGUGGGCAGGGACAGGUGGUGGGUGGUGCAGUUGUGGGUUCGUUGGUAGCGGCUGGGCCGGUGAUGGUGAUUGCGGCGACGUUUUCGAAUGCUACGUAUGAGAGGCUGCCUUUGGAAGAGGAAGAGGAAGGUGGUGGUGGAGAUCAGGGGCAGGGUGGUGGUGGUGGAUCGCCGCCGGGAAUGGGCGGUGGUGGUGGUGGAGGGCAGAAUCAGCAGCAGCAACAUGGGUUGGGGGAGCUGUCGUCGUUGGCGGGGUAUAAUUUGGCGGCAAACAUGGUUGGGAAUGGAGGAGGAGGAGGACAACAACAACAACAACUACAACUGAACCAUGAUGCAUUUGGUUGGGCUCAUGGUGGUCGUCCUCCUCCAUUCUAGAGGUUAAAAAAAAAAAUAAAAAAUUAAGGGAGAGAAUUAGAGAUGAUGAGAAUUUAUCAUAUCUAUAUUUUUCUUUUUUAGUUCAUUUUAGGUAACCAAAAAUAAUAAUAAUAGUAACAUUAAGAGAACUUUUAUCUGAAUUCUACUGCCAAAAAAAAAAAAAGAAGUAUCGUGCCGUUCUAAAUUUUGUUUUCUGUUUUCUUUUUUUUAAAGUAAAUUAGUUUAGUGAAAAAAAAAAUAAAAAAAAAACUCGUCAUUUUCAUACCCUUUUCUUUCUUUUUAUGAAAUUUUUUAAAAUAAAUAAAUAAAUAUAUAUAUAUAUAUAUAUAUGAAAACGAAGCGAAAUAGACAAUGGUUUGUAAAUAUGACAAUUAUGUGUCCUUUUUACCCUCUUUCUCUCUCUCAAAUUUUCUCUGUUCUUCAUAAUCAGGUCAACUGACGUGAUUGUAUAGUGUAGAGGAAGUUUAGGGCCUGCUUUUUGUUUUAAUCUUUUCUGUGAGGAUGUAUAAUAGGUCUUUUAAUUUCUCUUUCUCUUUUGGAAAUUCAAGAUGUUUAGCUAUUAA